AUGAAGUUUGAUGACGUGAUAGCAGAAUUGAACGGAUUUGGCAGAUUCCAAUUUAAACUGGUGUUAAUGCUGGUACUUCCACGUAUGACUUUGCUUUUUCACUUUCUGCUAAAUAAUUUCAUCGCAUAUAUUCCUUCACACCACUGCAACAUUAGCGUUUCAGAUAAUGGGAGUGUUUUUAGGAAUCUGUCCAGUGAGCUGAGGCUCGCUGUCAGUAUUCCAGUCCAGGAGGAUGGGACGCUGAGUUCUUGUCAGAUGUUUGCCGAGCCUCAGUAUCAUCUAUUGUUCAACUCCUCUAACGUUACUGAGCUGCCAACAGUAUUUUGUCAGAAUGGAUUUGUGUAUGAUACGUCCGUCGUCAAGUCUACUUUGGCCUCUGAGUGGGAUUUGGUUUGCGAGAGAAGAAGAAUGAACCAAGCCACAGCAAGCAUCUUCUUCAUGGGCGCCAUGCUUGGAGCAGGAGUGCUUGGCACGCUUAGUGACUGGUUUGGCAGGAGAACAAUGCUCUUGGUGUCUUGUUUGACAACCGCCUGCUUUGGAUUUGCAAGUGCUCUGUCAUACAAUUUGUCCAUGUUUGCAGUCAUGCGGUUCUUUACUGGAUUUGGAUGCUCUGGAAUCGCCGUCAUCACCAACGUCCUGUGUAUAGAAUGGACAGAUAUCAAGCAUCGCUGUACACUGAGUAUUUUAAUAAGCCUGGACUGGAGUGUGAACACAAUGCUGCUUGCUGUUCUGGCCUAUUUAGUAAGGGACUGGAGAUACUUGACAGCCGCAGUAACCACCCCGGCCUUUCUGGGAAUCAUUUGUGCAUGGAUAAUCCCAGAGUCUGCCAGAUGGCUCUUAGGCCAGGGAAACGCCAGCCGUGCACAUUUUUACUUAAGCGAAUGUGCAAAGGUCAACCACAGAGAGCAGUUCAUGGAUCACCUCAAUCCAGAGAAUUUGUCCAAAGUAAUAAUAGCAGACAAUGAAAACAAAAAAUAUUCAGUCCUGGAUUUGGUGAGGACCCCCAGGAUGAGGAGACUGGCUGUGCUUACUGGCACUGUGUGGUUCGGAUUGACAUGCAGUUACUACGGAAUCAGCUUUAAUGUGUCUGGAUUUGGCGUGAACAUUUAUUUGACACAGUUCAUCCAUGGUGCCAGUGAAAUUCCUGCCAAAAUUUUUAUCCUCUUCACUUUGGACACAAUAGGCCGACAAAUAAAUCAGGCUGUUGGACUUUUGCUGACCGGACUGUGUUUGUUAGGCAACAUGCUCAUCCCUCACGACAUGGGGUCUUAUCGGGCAGCUUUGGGGGCAAUGGGCAAGAUGUUUGCCCAAGGAUCUUUUACAGUUUUGUUUCUGUACACAGCAGAACUCUACCCUACAGUCGUAAGGCUAAACGGGAUGGGCUACUGUUCCUUCCUAGCCCGUCUUGGUGUGGCAGUAUGCCCUCUGAUUAAUUUCCUGGACGAGGUGUGGGUCGGUUUACCAAGUCUCAUCUUUUCCCUUAUGGCUUUAGCUGCUGGCACCCUGACCAUGCUUCUUCCUGAGACAAAAAAUGCCCGCCUGCCACAGACUAUUCAGGAUGUGGAGGAGACAAUAUAA